GUCCAGAGAGGACGCAGGACAAAGUCUGCAGCCACCGCAGAAACUUUUGUCAACGGCACCAAUGGAAACUAUAUGGAGGAAAUGUACCAGGCGUGGCUGCAGGAGCCCGCCAGUGUACACAAGUCGUGGGAUGUUUUUUUCCGUAACGCGCACGCCAGCCACCAAAGCCCACCGCCUCUUCGAGGGACCCUUCCGCUGAGCACCGAGCCCGACGUGGAGAAGUUGGUGCGGGAUCAUCUGACGGUCCACACGCUCAUACGCACCUACCAGCUGCGAGGCCAUCACAUUGCCAAGUUGGACCCUCUUGAAAUCAGCUGCGUGGACCUGGAUGAUUCCCCCUGUAGCAUCGGCUCCCAGAAAGUGGGUUUUUAUGGUCUGGAUCAUUCGGACUUGGAUAAGAUGUUCCGCCUUCCCAAAACCACUUUCAUCGGCGGCAACGAGAAUGCGUUACCCCUCAGGGAGAUCAUUCGACGCCUCGAGGAGGCGUACUGCCAGCACAUUGGGGUGGAGUUCAUGUUCAUCAAUGACGUGAAGCAGUGCCAGUGGAUCCGAAAGAGGUUCGAGACUCCCGGAAUCUUGCAGUUUAGCGCAGAGGAGAAGCGGAUCAUGCUGACCCGGAUGAUCCAAUCCACCAGGUUUGAGGAGUUCCUCCAGAGGAAGUGGUCGUCUGAGAAACGUUUCGGCUUGGAAGGAUGCGAGUCGCUCAUCCCGGCUCUCAAGACCAUCAUUGACAAGUCGAGCGCCAGUGGCGUGGAGAGUGUCAUCAUGGGAAUGCCGCACAGAGGGAGGCUCAAUGUUCUUGCAAAUGUCAUUCGCAAGGAACUGGACCAGAUCUUCUGCCAGUUUGAUCCCAAAUUGGAGUCAGCAGAUGAGGGUUCCGGUGACGUCAAAUACCACCUGGGUAUGUUCCACAGGAGGGCAAACCGCAUCAGCAACAAGUUGGUCACCUUGUCGCUCGUGGCCAACCCGUCCCACCUGGAGGCCGUGGACCCUGUGGUCCAGGGCAAGACCAAAGCUGAGCAGUUCUACAGUGGAGACACGGAGGGCAAGAAGGUGAUGUCCAUCCUCAUUCAUGGCGACGCUGCAUUUGCCGGUCAGGGGAUCGUCUACGAGACCUUCCACUUGUCCGACCUGCCGUCUUACACCACGCAUGGUACCGUGCACGUGGUGGUCAACAACCAGAUCGGCUUCACCACGGAUCCCAGGAUGGCUCGUUCGUCCGCGUAUCCCACAGACGUGGCUCGCGUGGUCAACGCGCCCAUCUUCCACGUCAACGCCGACGACCCCGAGGCGGUCAUGUACGUGUGCAACGUGGCGGCCGAAUGGAGGAACACCUUCCACAAAGACGUGGUGGUGGACCUGGUUUGCUACCGACGGAACGGUCACAAUGAGAUGGACGAGCCCAUGUUCACGCAACCGCUGAUGUACAAGCAGAUCAAGAAGCAGAAGAGCGUCCUGCACAAAUUGACGCAGAAGCUCAUCGGAGAGGGGGUGGUCACCGCGCAGGAGUACGAGGAGGAAGUGGCUAAGUACGACAACAUGUGCGAGCGAGCUUAUGCUCGGUCAAAAGAUGAGAAGAUCCUGCACAUCAAACACUGGCUGGACUCGCCCUGGCCUGAUUUUUUCACUGACGAUGGCCGUCCCAAAACGAUGAGCUGUCAGUCCACUGGCCUCGCCGAGGACGAGCUUGGCCACAUUGGACAGGUGGCCGCCUCCGUCCCUGUGGAAGAUUUCACUAUCCACCCAGGUCUGAGUCGCAUCCUGAAGGGCCGAGCGGACAUGGUGAAGCAGCGCGUGUGCGACUGGUCGCUGGGUGAAUACAUGGCCUUUGGCUCUCUGCUCAAACAAGGCGUCCACGUUCGUCUCAGUGGUCAGGACGUGGAGAGGGGAACCUUCAGCCAUCGACAUCACGUUCUUCACGACCAAAACAUAGACAAGAAGAUUUGCAUCCCUAUGAACCACAUCUCCAGCGACCAGGCCGCAUAUACCGUCUGCAACAGCUCACUGUCAGAAUAUGGAGUCCUGGGUUUCGAAUUAGGCUUUGCCAUGGCCAACCCCAACGCGCUGAUUCUGUGGGAAGCCCAGUUUGGAGACUUCCACAAUACGGCUCAGUGCAUUAUUGACCAAUUCAUCAGCUCGGGUCAGGCCAAGUGGGUCAGACAGAAUGGCAUCGUGCUGCUGCUUCCCCACGGGAUGGAGGGAAUGGGUCCCGAACACUCGUCAGCCCGCCCGGAAAGAUUUCUUCAGAUGUGCAAGGAUGAUCCGGAUGUGUUUCCGAAGCAGCACGACGACUUUGCCGUUCAGCAGCUGUACGACUGCAACUGGAUGGUCGUCAACUGCUCCACUCCCGCCAACUAUUUCCACGUUCUUCGCCGACAGAUCCUGUUGCCCUUCAGGAAGCCGCUGAUCGUGUUCACUCCCAAGUCACUACUGCGCCACCCGGAGGCUCGGUCCAGUUUUGACCUCAUGCUGCCAGGAACGCACUUCAGGCGUGUGAUCCCAGAUGAAGGUCCGGCGUCCACCCAGCCCACCAGCGUGAAGCGAAUCGUGUUCUGCAGUGGAAAGAUUUACUACGACCUGCACCGCGAGCGCAGCAAGCGAGACCUGGACACCAUCGUGGCGCUGGUCCGUGUGGAGCAGCUGUCGCCGUUUCCGUUUGACCUGGUACGGACCGAGACUGAGCGCUACGCACAGGCGGAUUUGGUCUGGUGUCAGGAAGAGCACAAGAAUCAGGGCUACUACGACUACGUCAUGCCCCGCCUCCAGACCACUGUUGGCCACGUCCGGCCCAUUUGGUACGCCGGCCGCGGUCCUGCAGCCGCCCCAGCGACGGGAAACAAACAAACCCACCUGGCGGAGUUGCAACGCCUCCUCAACACCACCUUCGACCUCAACGCUUUUUCAGGAAACCACAGCUGACCUCCUCCAAGGACCUUGAGCCGCUCACAGGGUCCGCCAUCACGGCCGUGUAGCAUCGCCGUAAACACGGAAACCUAUACGCACAAAUCUGUUCAUCUAAAUCUAAAUAAGACUGUAAAUAUGAGGCAAAAAAGGGGACUCAAGCUGGUUGUGACUCACAGUUACAACAAAACAGAAAUCAGUCAAGCCAAAUUUGCCAACCAAGCAUGUCAGUUAGCCUAACGAAGUGCUGCUAUCUUAAUGCUACUCUACAAUGUCACCAUCAACGGGCUAGCAUAAAUUAGCAAAAGAUAUUUUGAUACUUUGUGAUCAAUAUGAAAGUGAAAUCAUUUUUCACAGUCUUAACUGUAGUCCAAGGGACAUUUCUCAGGGAUUUUAAGCUUAUUUUUAACGUUUGAUGAUGUGAAUAAUGAAGCCAAAGUGUCAUUACCUCAUGGGAUGGACAUUUUGUGAUACAUUAGCAAAAUAAAUACAAGUUUGACUUUUGAUGCAAAGACAACUGAAAUGUCAGGUAUUUAUUUUGAAUGUUUCACACUUGACGUCACAAAUUAAAGAAUGGUAUUGAUAAAUGUCGGAGGUGUGAUGCGAUCCUAGCCCAGUGUACAUUGUUGUGAAUGCUAAUGUGCUUAAUUGUGAUUGGCUACCGACCAGUCUAGGGUUUCAAUUUCGGUAUAAUGAAGACGUCAAUUGUCCUUAAGUGUGAAUGCCAGAGUGAACCCCACUUUUCACACAGAAUCAGCUUGGAUAUCGACUCCAGCGGACCGGAUGGUUCAAGGUCGCAGCGAUGUAGUUUCUUUUUUCUGGCACUAGAGGGCAUCAUGCGUCAAUUUGAGGCUCAUCAGUUGAGCAUGGAGCAGGAAAACAGGACACAAAGGCAGACGCUUGUCGGAUUUUUAAAUGUUUUUUUUUCUUUGUGUUGCGAGCCAAAAUUUGAAUACAAUCGAGUGUCCAGAUAUGCCUUAUCUGAAACUCGUUCAAGUCACUCACAAGG